UCACUUUUUUAAGGAUUUGUGGCAGAGACUUUUUUUUUUUUGCGGUAUCUCUCACAGAAGCUUCGGUAAAAUGGUGAAUUCCUGAGGGUGGGUGGACGUGUUACGUGUUACGUGUACCGAGGACCGCUGUACCAGGCAUGAUGAGCAACACUGGACAUCCGUCUUACGAGGCUCAUUUCAUCCACGACGACGCUGCGGCCUCUUCGUCCCUCUACGCGCAGAAGACCCGGGUUCCUCCCAUGAUUUUACCGUACCAGCACAGCGGCCCCAUCUCCAGCCACCCUGCGUGGAUCCAUACGGCUGGAGAGACGCUCCAAGCGGCCGGCCAGCCUCCCUUCCCGUUCGCCUCCAGCUGCGCUGCCCCCUCGGGCUUCUCCGCGCCGCUGGAGCCGAGCAGCGGCCACUGCCAGCAGCUCCCGAGCGCGGUGCGCGUCCCCGCCAGCCGCAGGGAGCAGAGCGGCACCAGGCCGUUUGGCGCAGCUUACCAUAGUACAUACCCUCCGUACGUGAGCGCAAACGUGGGGAGCGCCUGGGCUGCCCCCUCCUUCGACAGCUCCCCGGUGUACAGUGCGCGUCCUGCUCCUGGAGGAGCUCAGGGGGCUUCUGGUAGAAGCAUCGGCCAAGGCUUGGAUGUUUUUGAUGACUUUGCUGAGGGACGGGAAUGUGUGAACUGCGGCGCAAUGUCCACACCACUGUGGCGCCGAGAUGGGACGGGCCACUACCUGUGCAACGCCUGUGGGCUCUACCAUAAAGUGAAUGGCUUCAAUCGACCGCUCAUCAAGCCCCAAAGACGUCUGUCUGUCACCAGAAGGGAGGGGUUGUUCUGCAAUAACUGCCACACCACUACCACCACACUGUGGCGUCGAAGUCCAGAGGGGGAGACCGUUUGCAAUGCUUGUGGCCUCUACACCAAACUCCACGGGAUUCCCCGACCACUGGCCAUGAAGAAGGAAGGGAUUCAAACCCGGAAACGGAAGCCUAAGAGCUUCAUCAAAUCGAAACAAGGUACAUCCAACCCCGACACCCACAAGCCCACCAGCUCCUCCAGCUUCAGCUGUAUUAGCCAAUCAGCAGCAUUACUCAAGGGGCAGCAGUCAGUCAAAAGAGAACCAGACAUCCUACCACUGUACACCUUCCACAGCCCACAACAAAAUGUAGGAGCCUCCAGCCACUGUGGGCCACUGCAGUAUGGAGUGUGACCUGGAGGAGAUUGCCAUGAGGUCUCCUACCCUCAUCUCCCUCUUCAGACUAUGCCCAUUCCAUCCUGAGUGAACAUCUGUAGAAGCAUCAGUUCUUCAACAUUGCCCCUUGAUGACUGUGCUGAGCCUGCCAUCCCCAACAGCUGAUUGUGAGUCACCUUGUAUGUGGCCUACAGAGGACAUCUCCAGAUCCCGUGAGGACCACCGGUGGACACAAAGUUGUAACUGUCACAUUGUUUUAACCGCACAGCCAUAGACAGGUUGUACUCUUAUUUCUGGUUCCCUCUUCUCCUUCGCCAGCACACAAAUGUCUUUCUCGUUAAAAGUACCAGCAUAGCCUAGUGUGAAUUACCACGCAUUCUGACUUCCUCUAGGAGUUUUUUUUUACAUAAAAUUUCCACUCUUUUAGAAUGCCCCAGUGCAAACGUGUUUUGCAUGCAACGCUAUUUUUAAACGAAUACCACACUGUAUGUUUGUCCAAAGAGACCCACUGCCAUACAGCCACAGCCUCUCAUUGUGAACGCUAAUAUGUAAUUUUGCAGAUUUUUUUUUUUUUAAUCUACUCGGCAGAAAGGAGAUAAG